UGUCGUCAUCGCUGGGGGCGGGGCGUAACCCGGAUAUGCUCACUUCCGGCGUGCUAUCAGAGGGUCGACAUGCUUGUGUCAACUCUCCUUCUCUAAAUGUGUUUUUAAUGAAGUAUUUGCGGAGAUUUGCUGCUGUUUUCACUAAAUAUCCAGCGGCGCGCUUUUCUCAGGCGGCAGUUAGUGGAGUGGCGCCUGAAAGUGCCAUGUGUAAGCCGCUGAAGACCAAAGUGCUCACUUUGUCACCGGCGGCCGGCGACGAGCCCUCGUUUGUGACGCGGGAAGCUCGUGCAGAUCCUACCGACAUCUUGAGCUGCACGGCGAAGGCUCUGAAGGACGGCCAUGUUGUCGCCGUGCCCACCGACACCAUCUACGGCCUGGCGUGUUUGGCCCAGGACGCCGGCGCCGUGCGUAAAAUCUACGACAUCAAAAGCCGGAAUGAGCAGAAGCCUCUCGCCAUAUGUGUGGGAGAAAUCCAGGAUAUAUACAAGUACUGCAAAGUGAAAGUGAAAGAGGAGCUGCUGGGUGACCUCCUGCCAGGUCCUGUCACCCUGGUGUUUGAAAGAUCCGAAAUACUGAACAAAGAGCUCAACCCUUUCACCCGACUGGUGGGCGUGCGUAUUCCAGACUGUGCCUUCCUGCGGCGCCUUUGUCAAAGGUGCAAGGAGCCGCUGGCCCUCACCAGCGCUAACGUCAGCGCACAAACCAGCACGCUGGCCGUCCACGAGUUUAAGGAUCUGUGGCCCAAACUCGCAGUGGUCGUGGACGGAGGGCCAAUCGGAGACCAGAGUCGUCUCGGGUCGACCGUGGUGGACCUUUCUGUACACAGCAGUGCCUUUUCUUCCACCGUGGACGUGCUGGAAGGUAAAUAUGGACUCUCCUCUCUGGAUUUGGGAUAAAACCACAUCACAAAAGUCCACACACUGACUGGAACACGACAAGCUUUUUUUUUUUUUUUAUGAACUUUUCUCUCAACCUCAAGACCAUUAUUUUUCCUCGGGAACAUUUGAAACCCUGGACUUUGGAAACACUCUACGGUUAUAAAGUAGACCGCUCGCAAUAUUUUUAUAAUGGGAAUGGAUUUUAUUUUUGUGGCUUUAUUGUUGAAUUAUGUUGGUCCUUUAUAAUAGAUUAAUGUGGAAGUUUUACAACUUGUUUCAAAAAGUAUCUUAUCUAUACCCUUUUUUGCAUUUCUAUUUAUAUUAUUAUUCUUUUAGAAAAGAAUGCCUUCAUGCAUGUUAAAAACUGUUACUUGUGUCAAUUUAAGUUAAAUCUUGUACAAUAAAGACCUCAAAGUUCUCCUUAACAACAAAAAGCAAUUUAAUAAGUGUGUUUCUCUCCUUUACGUUUAUUUCCAGUGUCAAAUGUUUGAAGUCAUAUCGGCAAUUCAACCACAACCCAUUAGAGACUCGAUACUUUUAUUGUGGGGGGAAAAAAAAUG